AUUCUUCGUCGGGUACAAUUGCCCCAUAACUCAAUCCACCACCCAACGCACACCACUCUUUAACUAGCAACUUCCCAACCGUUCAAGCCAAAUCAUCUCUCACAUAGACUCCUGCUUUUGUCAAUGCGGUACCAUGGACUCGCCAACCAACAACCCGGACGAUGAAUCCCCGAUCGAAAAACUUCAGAAAGACGACGCAACCUCGCACCACGAAGGCGAGAUAGCCUUGAAGCCACGUUUCGGCUUUUGGACAUUGCUAGGAUACCAGAUGAUGGUCAUGGCCUCUUGGUCCAACUAUCUCGUCACCAUUGGUGUAUCGGUCGACGUCGGCGGCCCUGUUGGCUUCCUCUACGGCACCAUCGUCGUGGGUUUCUUCCAACUGUUGACUGUCCUGGCAAUGGCCGAGCUUGCAUCUGCUUGGCCACAUCCCGGCGGUCCCCUGUUUUGGAUAACAAAACUCGUGCCAGGCCGUAUCGGACCAACUGUUUCCUUCUUCAUGGGAUGGAUCAACGUUCUCGCAUAUGCCUCGCCCCUGGCAUCUGCAGGCUUCUCCUCCACACAAGUCCUCGCCGCGCUUAUCACCAACGUAUAUGGCUACGAAUGGAGCAGCUGGCAAAUGUGUCUAAUGUACUGGGGUCUUGCCAUCGCAUUUGUCCCCGUCAGCUUGCGGCCUGCGUUUAUGCCUAUGUGGAGCAUGGCCGCCCUGAUAUGUCUUCUGGGCACUCUGGUAGUUACUAUCGGUCUCUGGGUCUCUCACAUCCAGCCCCAAACGACCAGUUUUGUUUUCACGAAAUUCGUCAACAAUACAGGGUGGUCAAAUAAUGGGUUCGUCUUCGUCUUGUCCCUGGUACAAACGACGUACGCCAUGUCGGGCCUCGAGGCAGCGACACACAUGUCUUUCGAAACCAAGAACCCAAAGCGUACGGUUCCACUCGUUUUGGUGUCUUCUGUUGCCAUUUCGACCAUUCUCUGCUUUGGGUUUGCCAUCCUUCUCCUCUUCGCCCUCCGCCCUCUCGACAGCCUCGUCAACUCUUCCCUCGGCGCCAUCUACAUCCAGCUGUACGUCAACUCAGCUGGAAGAGCCGGCGGCCUGGCCGUGGCAACCAUAAUCAUGGUUGUGCUAAACCAAUUUUGCGGAACUCAGCUGAUCGCCGCUGGCUCUCGUGUUGUAUGGGCUCUGGCCCGCAUGGGAUGGGUUCCUUAUUCGUCCGUGUUUGAGCGCGUCAAUCAUGAAACCGGUGCCCCAGUGAAUGCGACAUUUCUCACUCUUGGUUUAAGUCUGUUGUUUGGUCUGCUCUAUAUUGCGAGUGAGACUGCUUGGAAUGCCGUGGCUAGCUGUGUCGUUGGGGCGUUCCAGAUUACGUACAUUGCACCACUUAUUGUGCUGAUGAUUCAAGGACGCUCAGCCCUCCCAACUCGCUAUUUCAAUCUGGACAAAGUCCCUGGACUUGGAUACAUCAUAGAUAUCCUCGCCAUCUUGUGGGGUAUCUGCAUCUUCUUGGUUUCACUAUUUCCCGUCGACAUGCAGGUUACGGCAUCGACAAUGAACUAUUGUAUCGUCGUGUUUGGCUUCUGUGCUGUGGUAUUGAUUCCAUAUUGGAUGUUAUCUGCCAAGUACAAGGUAGGGUCUGAGGGUACCGGAGGAGACGUUGCUAAUAUGCUUCACUGAUUGACGAUGGAAAUCCUGGUUUAUGGAAAGAACUUUUGCGCAUUUGUAUACUAUUCCCCAUAUCACCACAUAUCUUUCUAUCUAAAUAUUCUUUGUCUCGU